AUGAGCAAUGGGCAAGGAGGUUACAACAAAGGAUACUAUAAUUACAAGUCCAACCCUGCCAUGUCAUACCGCAACACUGAUGUUGCUAACCCUCAGGACCAAGUCUAUCCUCAACAACAAGCAGCUCGAUCGAGGCAAGCUGAUGGGGUAGUGGACACAAGCAAGAAGCUAGCUGAAAUAAACUCCAAGAUCGAGAACCUCAACACAAGGGUUUACUCUCUGGAGAAUCAUGCUUCUUCUGUUGCUGCUGCUACAAAGCAAGGACAACUACCUGGUAAAGCUAUUCAGAACCCCAAGGAACAGUGCAAGGUCAUCUUCACUCAAGAAGGACUUGUUGAAGAAGAGGAUCAAGAAAGGGUCAUUGAAGAUUUUUGUUUACUGCUGAAUGAUGAAGAGAUUGUUGCUGCUGAGGCUCCUGGAGUCCAGAUUGAUCAACCAGAAGUGCACCUACUGUGGCCAUUCACACUUCACCAUGAUAAAGUUUCAGAGGUCCUACAAGAGUCUACUCAUCAGUUCAACCUGCUUACUUCACCCACUUUCCUACCAAAGGUCAAGGAUCAAGGGAAAUUCACUCUCCCUUGCACACUUGGGCAUCUUGAGCUUGACAAUGCCUUAGUGGAUUCUGGAGCAAGCAUCAAUCUGAUCUCUCUCUCCAUGGCAGAGAAGCUAGGCAUUGCUGGAGCCUUGCAGCGCCCUACUACUUCAAUCAUGUUUGGAGAUGCAACUUCUAAGUCUCCUCUUGGAGUGUUCAAGAACUAUCACUUGAAAAUUGGAGAAUGCAUCAUCCAAACUGAUCUCACUGUGAUGGAAAUGGAAGAAGAGAAGGAUCUACCUCUGCUAUUGGGAACCCCAUUCCUUAGUACAGUUGGCGCUUCAAUAGACUUUCACAAGCAAGAAGUGAUCCUUCACAAGGUGAAUAGUUUGGUGUCAUAUCGCUUGCAGCCUAGAGGUUCAGACUUUUGUGCCACAAUUGACAACACUCUCAGUUCUAAGAGUCAUGAAGCUACAAAGGUUGUGAAGGAAAGGGUUGACAAAGAACCAAGAGUUGGGAAUAAGGAUAAGGAUGAGAGAGUUGACCAAGGAUUGAGAAGCCACGUCUUGAGAGGGCUAGAGUUGAGAAACCACGAUCUGAUAGGCCAGAGCUGA